GCGCAGGCGAGAUCAUGACUAUCGCCACACCACCUUCUGCCGCGUGGAGAUACGAGAGGGGAAGAGUGUUUAGUGUGGCAAGAGCAGCGGGGAUCCGCGGAUCUGGAAGCAGCCAAAAGCGUUCUGUAAAUAGUGUUUCUUGAAAUUAGAAAGCAAAGUGGAGAUUUGGGUUGCCUGGGCCCAAAGCAAGAAAUAUUUGCAUAUAUGAAUACGAGAAAUAAGAGCGGAUCCGGGGUGUGACAGUCUCAGCAGCACUGAGGUCUGAAUCAGCGGUUUAGGGUUUUAGUACCCUUUUCGAAUCCCAGUUGAAGGACAUGGAAGCACAGGAAGAGGAAGGGAAAAAUGACCAUGUCUUAAGGAAGCUACAAGAGUCUGUGGAUUCCAAUCCUGAUGACGCCUCCCUUCAUUUUAAUCUCGGGGUCUUCUUGUGGGAAAAGGAGGAACAAGAGUGGAAGGAAAAAGCUGCGGAGCAUUUUGUAAGAUCAGCCAAAUUAAAUCCGCAGAAUGGGGACGUAUUCAGAUAUUUGGGGCAUUAUUACGCAAGGGUAUCCGUUGAUACUCAGAGAGCUUUCAAGUGUUACCAGAGAUCGGUCACCCUUAAUCCCAAUGAUUCCGAUUCUGGGGAAGCGUUGUGUGAUUUGUUGGACCUAGGAGGAAAGGAGACUUUAGAGAUUGCGGUCUGCAGGGAAGCAUCAGAGAAGUCCCCUAGGGCUUUUUGGGCUUUUCGAAGAUUGGGUUACCUGCAGCUCCAUCAAAAUAAAUGGUCUGAAGCAGUACAGAGUCUUCAACAUGCCAUUCGAGGGUAUCCUAGCUGUGCUGAUUUGUGGGAAGCUCUGGGGCUUGCCUACCAGCGAUUGGGUAUGUUUACUGCAGCUAUAAAGUCAUAUGGGAGAGUCAUUGAAUUGGAGGAUUCCAGAAUCUUCGCAUUGGUUGAGAGUGGAAAUAUCUUUUUGAUGCUUGGUUCCUUUAGAAAGGGUAUCGAGCAAUUUCGGCAAGCUUUGGAGAUCUCACCUGAAAGUGUAUCUGCACACUAUGGUCUUGCUUCUGGGCUGCUUAGUUUGUCAAAGGAAUGUACCAAUUUGGGUGCUUUUAGAUGGGGAACUUCACUUUUAGAGGAAGCAUCUAAAGUUGCAAAAUCAACUACCUGUUUGGCUGGAAAUGUUUCAUGUAUUUGGAAAUUGCAUGGGGAUAUUCAGCUUGCAUAUGCAAAAUGUUUACCGUGGUUGGAGGAAAACUGGAACCUAGAGAUUGAUGAGGAAGCUUUCAGUAACUCCAUUCUUAAUUGGAAGCGAUCCUGCUGUUUGUCUGCGAUAUCUGCCAAUUAUUCUUACCAGAGGGCUUUGCACUUAGCCCCAUGGCAAGCUAAUAUCUAUACUGAUAUUGCAAUAAGUUCAGAUCUCAUUUGCUCUUUGAAGGAGGAUGAUAAACAUAACCCAAAUUCUUGGCAGCUACCUGAAAAAAUGUCUUUGGGAGGCUUGUUACUUGAGGGUGACAAUAAUGAGUUCUGGGUGACAUUGGGAUUUGUAUCUGGUCAUAAUGCACUGAAGCAACAUGCUUUUAUCAGGGGACUGCAGUUAGAUGUAUCUUUAGCUGUUGCAUGGGCAUGCCUUGGGAAGCUUUAUAGAAAAGAGGGCGAGAAGCAAUUGGCAAGGCAGGCAUUUGAUUCUGCUAGAAGUAUAGAUCCUUCACUUGCAUUACCAUGGGCAGGCAUGUCAGCUGAUACACAUGCCAGGGAUCCCACAACAGAUGAGGCUUAUGAGAGUUGUUUACGUGCUGUGCAGAUAUUGCCUGUUGCAGAGUUUCAAAUUGGCCUUGCAAAGCUUGCUCUUCUUUCAGGUCACCUUUCAUCCUCACAGGUCUUUGGAGCCAUCCAACAGGCUGUGCAGCAUGCACCUUACUAUCCAGAAUCCCAUAAUUUGAAUGGACUGGUUUGUGAGGCACGGUGUGAUUAUCAGUCUGCUGUUGCUUCUUAUAGGCUAGCACGCUGCGCAAUCAACACCUUUUCAGGCUCCAUAUUGAAAUCCCAUUUGAGAGACAUAUCAUUUAAUAUUGCAAGAUCACUCAGUAAAGCAGGGAAUGCCCUUGAUGCUGUUCAAGAAUGUGAAGAUUUGAAGAAAGAAGGUCUGCUUGAUGCACAAGGUUUGCAAAUAUAUGCUAUCUCGUUAUGGCAAAUUGGUGAAAAUGACCUUGCCCUGUCUGUGGCAAGGGAUCUAGCUGCAAGUGUUUCUGCCAUGGAACAGGCUUCUAGGGCCACUUCUGUUAGUUUCAUAUGUAAAUUUCUGUAUAAAAUAUCUGGGCAGGAAUCAGCAAUAAUAAGCAUUUUGAAAAUGCCGAAAGAACUAUUUCAGAAUUCAAAGAUUAGUUUUGUUGUGUCCGCCAUUGACGCUCUUGAUGAAAGUAAUAAGCUGGAAUCAGUUGUUUCAAGCAGUCGAUGCUUUCUUGCAUCUCAUGAAGAGAUCGCUAGAAUGCACUGUUUAGUAGCACUUGGUAAACUGGUCAAACAAGGAUCAGAGCACUGCCUUGGAUUUGAAAAUGGGGUUCAUCACCUUAGAAAAGCUCUUCACAUGUUCCCUAACAGUGUUUUGAUAAGGAAUCUUCUUGGUUAUCUUUUACUAUCCUCUCAAGAAGGGGAAGAUGCUCAUAGUGCUAGUAGGUGCUGUAUUGUAGACCCCUCCCACUCUCCCAAUAAAGAAGGUUCAAAGUCAGCAUUUGAGAUCCUUGGUGCUGGAGCAGUUGCUUGCUUUGCCAGUGGCAUGAGCAACCAGAAAUUCUCUUUCCCAACAUGCAGAUACCGGUGCAUGAGUGGACCAGGAGCAAUACAACAGCUGCAGAAGUGGUUGCAUAGAGAACCUUGGAACCAUAAUGCACGUUACUUGUUGAUACUUAAUUUUCUACAGAAGGCACGUGAAGAGAGAUUUCCAAGACAUCUUUGUACAAUAAUUGAGCGGCUAAAUUUUGUGGCUAUUUCCAACCACUUAUAUUUAAAGAAGGAUACAUGUUGUCAAUACCAAAAGUUCCAGCUGCUACUUUGUGCUUCUGAAAUCAGUUUGCAAGGUGGUGAUCAUCUUGGCUGUGUCAACCAUGCUGAAAAUGCUUCAACACUCUUGCUUCCUGAUUGCUACCUCUUUUUUGCGCAUUUGCAACUAUGCCGUGCUUAUGUUGCAAAAGAUGAUUUUAAAAAUCUACGGAAAGAGUAUAUAAAAUGCUUGGAGCUUAAAACAGAUUAUUGUAUCGGUUGGCUAUGUCUUAAAUUCAUGGAUUCUCACCAUGAACUACAAAAUGAUUUGAGCAUCUCAGAGUUGAACUUCAAGGAGUGCUCAAAGGAGAGAAAGAGUUCAUGUAACAAGUGGAUGGCUUUAUUUGAUUUGCUGCAGGGUCUGAUUUCUGUUCAGAAUCAAGAUUUUCUCUGCGCAGAAGAAUUUCUUGCGCAAGCUUGUUCAUUGUCAGAUACUGAGAGCUGCAUCUUCCUAUGUCAUGGUGUCAUUUGUAUGGAGCUUGCCAGGCAGCAGUGUGAUUCCCAGUAUUUGUCACAUGCUAUAAAGAGUCUCAUGAAAGCCCAAGAGAUUUCUCUGAUUCCCUUACCUUUUGUCCCAACAUUGCUAGCUCAAGCAGAGGCAAGCAGAGGCUCUAAAGCAAAGUGGGAGAAAAAUCUCUGUCUUGAAUGGUUUUCUUGGCCACCAGAGGUGAGGCCUGCUGAACUCUUUCUUCAAAUGCAUUUGCUUGCAAGACACUCCAAAUCCGGGUCUGAGUCAUCCUCCUGUGUGGAGCCCUAUCAGAGCCAACAGAGGUGGGUUCUCCGGGCAAUCCAUUUGAACCCUUCUUGUUUGAGAUAUUGGAAGGUUUUGCAGAAGUUAAUGCAGUGAUUUGCACUCACCACCAUUUCAUGGACUGGGUGUCGAGGAAGGCUAAACGCUCAAAAUCCCAUCAGUGUGCUUCUGAGAUCAACUCAAGUAGUUACUAAAAAACUAAUCAAAUUUCAAAUCCUCAUGAACAGAUGUGCUGGCCAUUGUCUAAUCAUAUCUGUAAAUUAUGUCAUCAUGUUGUUCCAAAUGUCUGUAGCUUAGAGCAUGGACUCUACAUAUUGUAGUUCAUGUUGAGCUGAAAAGUAGGUUUUAAUUGUUUAGUAGAAUUGAUAUAUUUUUCAACAUUUAAUAAAAAGCAUAAGGAUUUCCUUUAGGCAAA